AUGAAGAAGACACUUUUGAUCGUGUUUAUUCACGGUUUCAAGGGAGAUGAUGAUACGUUUGAAAAUUUUCCACAGCAUCUACGUGCACUGGCUAGCCGUGCCUUACCUGCUAUCAAGGUGACGACGGCAGUCUAUCCGAAGUACGAGACUCGGGGGGAUCUGAAAGAAUGCGUUGGUAGAUUCAGAGAAUGGCUGCAGAAUCAGGUCAUUGAUUUAGAGGUUGCAAACCGAACAGCCUCCCCGACUGUCGAUCCUUCCGUCCAUGUGAUACUUGUCGGUCAUUCGAUGGGUGGAAUAGUAGCAGCUGAAAUGCUUCUCCUACUGGCAGAUGAACAGCCGAUUCCCCCUAAAACUUCUCCAGAUAUUCUAACUGGUCAAGAAACAACCGGUUCUCUGACGGAUUCGGGAACGGCGGACAACUCGCGGAUCGUAGAACCCGGUGCAUUCAUGUUUCCUCAUAUUCAAGGAGUGCUUGCUUUCGAUACGCCAUUUUUGGGAAUAGCCCCGGGAGUUGUAUCAUAUGGUGCUGAAGGGCAUUAUAAUAAUGCCGCAACGGCGUAUAAUGCAGUUUCGGAAGUAGCUGGUCUUUUUGGAUUUGGAGGAAGCAAUACCCAGGGCUCAAAGCAGCAAAAGGAACCAAGCAAAUCUCUACCCCCGGCACCAACUCCUGAGGCCGCCCCCGCUACGGAUGCUGCUGCAACGCCGUCCUGGCAAAGAUGGGGGCGAUAUGCCAUGUUUGCGGGUGCGGCAGGUGCCAUGGCUGCAGGCGGAGCAGCAGCAAUGUAUACUCAACGCCAUCGUAUCACGGAUGGAUGGGGAUGGGUAUCUUCUCAUCUAGUUUUUGUCGGGUGCUUGGCACGCUCCUCGGAGUUGCGACAGCGCCUGGCUCUUUUGGCGAAGGUUCACCAAGAUCGAGACAUCCGCUGCACAAACUUCUACACGUGUUUGGGAAAUGGGGCAUCGUCACUGGUUGAAAAUACAAACCAAGGAAAGACGUUGCUAAGCCAGAAGAUCAUACGAUCGAAACAUCGAACUUUCUGUUCUCUCCCUACCGAGGUGGAAAAUCAAGAGCCGAUAAGCUCCUCGGAACCAGGACUUCGAUGGACUAAGGCCGUGAACGACAAGGUAGGAGAUGAGGUGAGCGCGCACACCAGUAUGUUCCUGCCAAGCCAGAACCCUGCGUUCGAUGAGCUUGCCACCGAGGCAUGCAGGGUGCUGGUGAAUUCAAUCGACAAGGGCUGGUAUAGCAAUGCCACAGGACCAAUUGAAGAGGUGGACGAAACACCAAAUACCGAGAAGAGUGGUACUCAGCCAAAUGCAGAUAGUGGUUUUAUGGACGGGGAUGAUGUUGUGGUUGUGGAAUAG